CUCAGACUCAAAAAAAAGUUUCGGCGACAAAGCUGCAAGUCCUAUACCAAACUCCCUUCGUCGUUCCCCACUACCAACAAAAGAUGGCUAAGAAAGGCGCGACACAAUCCCUCAACGCAGAGCCCAAGGCAAAGCAAUCUGUCACAGACAGAAAGUCAAAAGAGCGAAAAGGCGACCAAAAGAAGGAGCUUGGAUCCGAUGGAGAUGGCGACAGGGAAGACAAAGAUGACGCUGAAGAGGAAGAAGAGGAGGAAGAAAUUGACGUGGACGAGCUCAUCUCCGACUUGGACGAGGAAGACGAAGAAAACAUCGCCGCCGGAACUCGCACGCGACAGACAAUCUACAACAAGGAGGGGCUGCUUGCCGCUCUCCGGCGCUUCGCCCUCGACACCAACCCCAAAACCGUUCCCUUCGCAUUCCACCAAUCCGUCGUCUCUUCCAAGCGUACAGAGGAGUCAAUUCCCUCUGUCGAGGAUGACCUCCAGCGCGAGUUGGCUUUUGUGAAUCAAUCGCUCGAGGCAGCGCGACAGGCGCGCACAUUGUUGCGUAAGGAGGGAGUCCCCUUCACCCGGCCGACAGAUUACUUUGCCGAGACGGUCCGGAGCGACGCAACCAUGGAGAAGGUCAAGGCGAAGUUGAUCGAGGAAGCGACGGCAAAGAAGGCAGCUGCCGAGGCGCGCAAGCAGCGCGACCUCAAGAAAUUUGGCAAGCAAGUUCAGGUCCAGAAACAGCAGGAGCGAGCGAAGCAGAAGCGCGAGGCUCUAGACAAGAUCAACCUGCUCAAGCGGAAACGUCAAGAAGGCGGGUCUUCCGCCCUGGGCACUCAUGAGGCGGACGAUAUUUUCGAUGUAGCAGUCGACAACGAGCUUGCCUCGCAAUCAAACAAGUCCUCCAAGAAGCGCUCCGCCGGGGAUCACGGCCAGCCCAAUCCUAAGCGGCAAAAGAAGAACGCCAAGUACGGGUUUGGCGGCAAGAAGCGCUUUUCCAAGUCUGGCGAUGCCAUGUCCUCGGGUGACCUCAGCGGCUUCAGCGCCAAGCGGAUGAAGAGUGGCGGGAGUGCCACUAAGAAGGUUGGGAAGGCGCCGCGGCCGGGUAAGAGUCGGAGGAAGGCAAUGGCUGCGAAGAGGUAGAAGAUGUAAGGGAGCAAGGGUGUUUCGUCUGUUUAUGUUAAUAACUCUGCAUGCGGAAAUUGUGCGCGUGGAAUGGGCCCAGCCAACCACCGAGUCACAACAAGCAACUCAACAUGAACUCCUAACGCCUGUCGAGGGCGCAGGAAUGUAUGGCUGAAUACCUAGGACCUUUGUUAUCCCUGCCUUGUGUCCCCGAUUGACUGGACUAGACCUCUAAUGGAUCCU